AUGAAGGGACCGAAGCUCCUCCUCCUGUGUUUUCGAGAAGAGUUUGGAGAUAGGAAGAUCACAGUCUUUCAGCUCUCGCCUGAAGCUCCUGAUCCUGUCGGUGAAGCAACUACUACUUCCGACUGGCGUCAACAAGAGAGUGUCGUUCCUGAACCCUGUCCCUAUGCGAGUUUUCAACAUGUCGGAUCAUCACAUCUCCCUGAAACGGCAAGUUUCUGUGAAGACUCAACUACAGAGCGUAGAGAAAGGAAGAAGUGGACAGUCAUAGACGAUCUUGUGCUCAUUAGCGCCUGGUUAAACACCAGCAAGGACCCGGUGGUGGGCAAUGAGCAGAAAGCAUGUGCGUUUUGGAGCCGCAUUGCGGCUUACUUCGCAGCCAGUCCAAAGGUGGAAAGAGGUGCAAAGCGAGAGGCUAUUCAGUCACACGAGAUCUUCUACAACGAUCACAAGAUCAAAUUUAACCUCCACUAUGCUUGGGAGGAGCUGAGGAAUGACCAAAAAUGGUGUGAAGUUGCUAGUAGGAAGAUUGAUGGAACCAGCAAGAAGAGAAAGUUUGAUGAUGAAGCUCAAUCAGAGAGCUCUCAAGCAACGUCCGCCCUCGGUGAUCAACCCACCAAACGCCCUCCUGGUGUUAAGGCGGCGAAAGCAGCCUCUGAUAAGAGAAGCAUCGCAGUUGACCAGGCUGCCUCUGAGUUUCAGACCAUGUGGACAAUUAAAGAGAAAGACAUGGCUGAGAAAGAGAGGCUUAAGAAGAUGGGGUUUCUUGAGAGUCUCAUAUGCAAGAAAGAGCCACUUUCUGAAUACGAGGAAGAGCUAAAGAAGAAGCUAAUUAGUGAGAUGUUGGGUAAUUAG